GAAGGAGGCGGAAGCUGGGGCCGGGGAAAGGGCCGGUCCAAAGGCUAGCCAAUCUGCUGGCAAGGUUUCCUUCGCUUUGACCAAUAAAAUCACGCCUCGCACACAAUGUCUCCCGACAAGGGCGUUUAGCCAGCACGUUAGGGCGCGUUGGGCGGUGUCCGGGUAUAAAAGACUCCGCCCGCCCGGGCAGCCGCCAUUCUGGAGUUCGUUUAGAGGUUUGAAUUUUCUCGGAGAAAGACAGGCCGGCCACGAGGAAAACAGAAACGAGCCGCAACAACAUCUAAGCCCUUGAAAGGAUCCAGAGGGGGGAAAGGGAAAACCGCAGCCACCAGCCCAACCACUUGUGUCUUCUGCCCUUGCCCACCCAUCUUGCCCAACCCACCAGCCCACGCUGCUUGGGACUUGAGAUCUGUGGCCGAAGGACCGUCACCACAUACCUUCAAAAAUAAUCAACCACCCUCCCUUCCCAAACCCAACCCAAUUUCACUUAUCCAGCGUUUACUUUUUUGCAUCCACUCAGAAUUUUUUUUUUCUACGACCCCCCUCCCUAAAUGGAGUCGGGUGGGGGGAAAAUGAAUACUGAGUUGGCCUUUCUUUUUUAAGAGACUUUUUGAUCCAAUGAGGCCCCCUAAAUAAUUGAGUUUUGGGUCCUGGUUGGUUGUUUUAUUUUUUUUCUCCAAAUUUUGCCCCCUCCCCCCCUGAGCCCGAGGUGCUGACGUCGCAAAAAAAUUGGAUAAAACUAAAAUCAUGGGUUCUGGGCCCAUAGACCCCAAAGAGCUUCUCAGGGGCCUGGACAGCUUCCUAAACCGAGAUGGGGAAGUCAAGAGUGUGGAUGGGAUUUCCAAGAUCUUCAGUCUGAUGAAGGAAGCCCGGAAGAUGGUGAGUCGCUGCACGUACUUGAACAUUCUGCUCCAAACCCGCUCAUCAGAAAUACUGAUCAAGUUCAUUGACGUAGGAGGCUACAAGCUUCUUAACAACUGGCUGACGUAUUCCAAGACGACCAGCAAUGUUCCCCUCCUCCAGCAAAUCCUGAUGACCCUCCAGCACCUGCCGCUCACUGUGGACCAUCUCAAGCAGAACAACACAGCCAAGCUGGUGAAGCAGCUGAGCAAGUCAAGCGAGGAUGAAGAGCUCCGGAAGCUGGCCUCUGUCCUCGUCAGCGACUGGAUGGCAGUCAUCCGCUCCCAGAGCAGCGCCCCGCCUGCUGAAAAAGAUAAGAAAAAGCGAAAAGAAGAGGGAAGGAGUCGAACCGCACCUCCCGAGCGACCUGUGGCGGAGGUAAAGACUGAGGCCCGAGCCGAGGAGGCCCCGGAGAAGAAGAAGGAGAAGCCCAAGUCUCUCCGCACCACCGCCCCCAGCCAUGCCAAGUUCCGCUCCACCGGCCUCGAGCUGGAGACGCCAUCCUUGGUGCCUGUGAAGAAGAACGCCAGCGCCGUGAUGGUCUCCGACAAGUACAACCUCAAGCCCAUCCCCCUGAAGCGCCAGAGUGCCACAGCUACUCCGGGAGACGUGCCCCCGCCCGUGGAGAAGAAGUACAAGCCGCUGAACACCACCCCCAACGCCACCAAGGAGAUCAAAGUGAAGAUCAUCCCGCCGCAGCCUAUGGAGGGCCUGGGCUUUCUGGAUGCUCUCAAUUCAGCCCCUGUCCCAGGCAUCAAAAUUAAGAAGAAGAAGAAGGUGCUGUCACCUACUGCUGCCAAGCCCAGCCCCUUCGAAGGGAAGACGAGCACAGAACCAAGCACAGCCAAACCCUCGUCACCAGACCCAGCCCCGCCUUCUGAGGACGUGGACCGCCCUGGCACCCCGGUGCCACCUGUGGAAGUCCCGGAGCUCAUGGACACAGCCUCUCUGGAGCCAGGAGCCCUGGACGCCAAGCCGGUGGAGAGCCCCGGGGAUCCCGGCCAGCUGACCCGGAAGGGCAGGAAGAGGAAGACCGUGACGUGGCCUGAGGAGAGCAAGCUGAGGGAGUACUUCUAUUUCGAGCUGGAUGAGACCGAACGGGUAAAUGUGAAUAAAAUCAAGGACUUCGGAGAGGCAGCCAAGAGAGAGAUACUGUCAGACCGACAUGCGUUCGAGACGGCCCGGCGUCUGAGCCACGACAACAUGGAGGAGAAGGUGCCCUGGGUGUGCCCCCGGGCCCUGGUGCUGCCCUCGCCUCUUGUCAGCCCCGGGAGCAACAGCCAGGAGCGAUACAUCCAGGCUGAGCGGGAGAAGGGGAUCCUUCAGGAGCUCUUCCUGAACAAGGAGAGCCCUCACGAGCCUGACCCUGAGCCCUAUGAGCCCCUGCCCCCCAAGCUCAUCCCCCUGGAUGAGGAGUGUGCCAUGGAUGAGACCCCGUACGGGGAAGCCCUGGAGCCAGGGGGCUCGGGCGGCUCUCCCGACGGGGCGGCUGGCUCCAAGCUGCCGCCGGUGCUGGCCAACCUGAUGGGGAGCAUGGGUGCCGGGAAGAGCCCGCAGGGCCCUGGUGGAGGCGGCAUCAACGUGCAGGAGAUCCUCACCUCCAUCAUGGGCAGCCCCAGCGGCCGCCCCUCGGAGGACCUGCUCAGGCAGGCGGAGUCCUCGGACAAGCUCACGCAGAUACUGGUGCCGCACGGACUCCUAGGCCCUGGCCCGAUAGCCAAUGGUUUCCCACCAGGAGGCCCUGGGGGCCCCAAGGGUAUGCAGCACUUCCCGCCCGGGCCUGCGGCACCCAUGCCAGGUCCCCAUGGAGGCCCAGGUGGACCAGUGGCUCCACGUCUCCUGGGUCCCCCUCCACCUCCCCGAGGGGGUGACCCCUUCUGGGAUGGCCCAGGUGACCCUAUGCGGGGUGGCCCGAUGCGAGGGGGGCCAGGUCCUGGUCCUGGACCGUACCAUCGAGGCAGAGGUGGCCGAGCAGGAAAUGAGCCCCCUCCACCUCCUCCGUUCCGAGGCACCAGAGGAGGGCGAUCUGGAGCAGGACCCCCAAAUGGGCGGGGGGGCCCCCCCGGCGGGGCCAUGAGCAGUAGCGGCGGGCAUCGGCCCCACGAAGGCCCCGCUGGGGGCAUGGGCGGCAGCGGCGGGCAUCGGCCCCAUGAAGGGCCUGGACAUGGGGGGCUGCAUGGCCAUAGGCCACAUGAUGUCCCUGGUCACCGAGGCCAUGAGCAUCGAGGGCCACCUCCGCACGAGCACCGUGGCCAUGAAGGCCCUGGCCAUGGGGGAGGGCACCGAGGGCAUGACGGAGGCCACAGCCAUGGAGGAGACAUGUCAAAUCGCCCCGUCUGCCGACAUUUCAUGAUGAAGGGCAACUGCCGCUAUGAGAACAACUGUGCCUUCUACCACCCGGGCGUCAACGGGCCGCCCCUGCCCUAGGGCCGGCCCUGCACCCCUGGGCUGCAGCCUGGCUCCUUCACCCGUUAUGGCUUCUGUGAGGCCCGUUUGCCCUUCCCCAGCUGAGGAGGAGCCGGCCCUCAGCUCCCGCCGGCGCGGUUUCCGGGGGUCCGGAUCACUGCACCUCGAUGGACGUACUUCCCUCUGCUCGGGGGACUGGACGUGCUCUGGACUCCGGCCUGCGGGAGAGGAGGCCCAGCUGGCUCCCCGGGAGGCUUCCCUGCCCUGCGUCUCUUUCCAGCCUUGCCCCUGCCUGAGAACCAGGGCUGGCGACGGGGCGCCCUCCCGCCUCCUGUCUCGGGUCCUCCGUGCGCACACAGCUCUGACGUGGGCCUGCCGCGCUGGGUCACCGGGACGAGUCUGUCGUCCCUCUGGGGGCAGACGCCGAAGGGCCCUGUGUGUCCUGCAGCCCCCUGGGCUCCUUCUGGCCGGGCCGAGGGCUGACAGUCCCCAGCCCUGUGCCCCAGGCUCUGCCUGAGCCCUUUCUCAAGCCGAGCGAGGCUGCGGCCUGUCGUCAGCCCUUGAGUCUGCGAGGACGACUGGGCCCGAGGAUGACGCGCUCACGUCUGCACCGGGGAGAGUUCCAGCUGGUGAGGCUGCUGGCUUGGGGCCCUCGCUCCAGCUGCCGGGAGACCCGGGGACGUUUCGGGAGCAGCUUCCCCUCAGCUCGGGCCGCACACCCGGGCCGCCAGCCACAGGACACGCAGCUGCUGAGGGCCCCCGGGGUGCAGCCAGGUGACGUCCCCUCCCCAGUCCUCUCCUUGCUGUCAGCAUCAGUUGUUUUCUGUGAAAACAGUGGAUUGGUUGGGUUUUGAGCAGGGUCUUGGGUUACAGCCACGAUGGAUUUGAGGAUGAAUUUUUUCUUUCGGUUUUGUAUAUUUUGUACAUUAAUAAACAGUGGAACGAGAAGCAGCUUAUUUAA